GAGAGAGGGGGGGGGGGGAAGAGAGGGAGGAAGAGAGAGAGAGACAGACAGACAGAGCGAGAGAGAGCCAGAUAGAGAGAGCUAAAGGUGGGGUGGUUACACAGCCGGGUCAGCGGGGAAAGUGAUUCCGACUCAGUCCUGCCACACUCCAUCCGUCUAAACAAGCGACUAAUUUGACCAUGAAACUUUCCUUGGUGUUGUUCUCCGUCCUUCUUAUCUGCACACUCUUUCCUCUGCACGACUGCGACGAGCAGCAGCAAGUCCGAGAAGAUCAAAUUGUAGUUGUGACCGUCGCAACGAAGGAGACUGAUGGCUUCAAACGUUUCAUGAGAUCAGCAAAACAUUUUAAUUACACUGUCAAGGUUCUUGGUCGUGGUCAAAAAUGGAAAGGAGGUGACUACUUGUCCCCUGGGGGAGGUCAGAGAGUGCGAAUUCUUAAAGCUGCCCUCGAGUCAAUGAAGGACGAGAAUAAAAUCAUUGUUUUUAUUGACAGCUAUGAUGCGAUUUUCGCAUCAGGUCCAAAAGAGCUGCUAAAGAAAUUUGUGCAGGCCAAACACAAGGUGGUGUUUUCCUCUGAGACAUUGAUCUGGCCCGACAGACAUUUGGAGGACAAACAUCCACAUGUCCGGGAGGGCAACAGGUUCCUCGGCUCAGGAGGCUUUAUUGGCUACCUUCCAAACAUCAAAGAAAUGGUUGCUGAGUGGGCAGGAGACGACGGUGACAGUGAUCAGCUGUUUUUCACCAAGAUUUUUAUCAAUCCUGAGAAAAGAAAAUCCAUAAAUAUCACACUGGACAGCAAAUGCAGAUUGUUCCAGAACCUUCACGGAGCUCUUGACGAAGUGGUGCUAAAAUUUGAGGAUCGACGUGUACGAGCCAGAAAUCUGCUCUAUGAUACGCUACCUGUCAUCAUCCACGGGAAUGGACCGACCAAGCUUCAGCUCAACUACCUUGGUAACUACAUACCGAACGUGUGGACAUUUGAGACGGGCUGCACAGUGUGCCAUGACGAUCUACUCCCACUGAGGAACCUUAAGGAAAAUGAAUAUCCUUUGGUGGUGAUUGGUGUCUUCAUUCUGCAACCCACUCCAUUUGUCACCGUGUUUUUUGAACGCCUCCUGAAGCUUCAGUAUCCCAAGAAUAGACUCAAGCUCUUCAUUUUCAACAAGGAACCCCAUCACGAGCGUGAGGUCAGCGCUUUUCUCCAGGACCACAGAAGCCUCUAUCUAGAUGUCAAAUUUAUUGGCCCUGAAGAGGAGAUGGAAGACACAGUUGCACGCAACAUGGCCUUCGAUAUGUGCAGGAAGCAGAAGGACUGUGACUAUUUCUUCAACUUGGACAUUGACGUUGCUUUGAAGAAUGAAAACACACUCAAAAUUCUCAUUGAACAAAACCUGCCGAUCGUAGCACCAUUGUUGACGCGAACUGGCCGACUUUGGAGCAACUUUUGGGGAGCCCUGAGCGCCGAUGGCUACUAUGCCAGGGCUGAGGACUACGUGGACCUGGUCCAAGGACGCAGGGUGGGAAUUUGGAAUGUUCCAUACAUAACCAGCGUGUACUUGAUGAAGGCCAGCCUCCUCCGCUCGGAGAUCUCAGACGACGAUCUAUUUCAUUCAAAUUUCAUGGACCCUGACAUGGCCUUCUGCCAGCAUGUUCGAAAUAAGGGAGUUUUCAUGUAUGUAACCAACAUGGACACUUUUGGACGCAUCCUAUCAACAGAAAACUAUCAGACCAGUCAUCUGCAUAAUGAUCUGUGGCAGAUCUUUGAAAAUCCAGAGGACUGGCGGGAGCGCUAUAUUCAUGAGAACUAUACUCACAUCAUGAAAGGAAAACCUGUUGAGACUCCUUGCCCAGAUGUAUACUGGUUUCCAGUUUUCACCGAUAUUGCUUGCAACCACCUGGUUGAAGAAAUGGAACACUUUGGGAAGUGGUCAGGAGGCGGUAAUGUGGACACUCGAAUCCAGGGCGGCUAUGAGAAUGUCCCCACCAUUGACAUCCACCUGAAUCAAGUCAACUUUGAUAAGGAAUGGCACCAGUUUUUACUGGAGUACAUUGCGCCGAUAACAGAGCAAAUGUAUCCUGGUUACCAUACCCAGGCUCAUUUUGACUUGGCCUUUGUAGUUAGAUAUAAGCCCGAUGAGCAGCCCUUUUUGAGGCCACAUCAUGACGCCUCCACAUUCACUAUAAACAUAGCACUCAAUCAGAGGGGGACUGAUUACGAGGGCGGCGGCUGCAGGUUCCUCCGUUAUGACUGCUCUGUGGAGGCACCGCGUAAAGGCUGGGCCCUCAUGCACCCUGGUCGCCUCACCCAUUACCAUGAAGGCCUGCCCACCACAGCUGGCGUCCGAUACAUUGCAGUGUCGUUUGUGGAUCCCUGAACUUCCGCACAUCAUCAGGACCGACGCCUACACGCAGCAUAUUUAAAAUGCAUUGCAUUAAGCAUCACAGCAAGUGUUGGAGGCUUCUUAGCUUAUUCACUUGACUUCACAUGCUAUUGUGACUGUCUCCAAGAUGUGUAUUUUUAAAAUUCAAAAAAGGGAAUUUGAGCCAGUGAAUUUUACAUUGUACAUACGAGUGUUUGUGAUCAACAGCCAUACUGUCAGACCUAUCACAUAUUUAUUGUUUGCCAUGCCUACUGCCCAAUGAGAGCCAGGAGAGGCUCCAGCAUGCCCACGACCCUCUUGAGGAUAAGUGGCUCGGAUAAUGCAUGGAUGGAGGCACAUAUCGGGUGUGAAUGUUGCCACUGAGAGUCCUGUGUCUGACAUUUCAAAAGUAUCAUUUGCCACAAAUGUCUUGCUGUCUUUUAUUACCAAAAAAAACUAUUUCUCAACAGCCACAAUGUUCAAGUGUUGGACCUUUUUGUCUUCACUGUGUCAAAGAUGAUCGCAAUAAAACAUCUACUGUCAAUCCUGA